ACGUAACGGGAAGCGCCGCCUGCCAGUCCUGCAGCUGGGCAGCAGAAUAAACCAGGACGAGGCGUCAUCGGGGUUUCAGCUGUUAUUUCCGUCCACCAACCACUCUGACCAUGAUUGCUGAUGUGAGAGGUCCUGCCAGGGUACCUGUUCGAGGUGCUGGAGAUGGCAUGGAAACUGAAAAACCUCCAGCUGUGCUGGAGGUUAACACCGACGCAGUGCCAUCAUGUCUGCCUGAAACCCCCCUCCUCAAGGUAGCGAGCCCAAAGCAUAGUCCAAAACCUACCUACAUCACAUCUCAUGCCACCCCGCAGCCUCUUGGCGUGCUGCAUUUGGGCAAGGUGAGUCGAGAGGCUUGUGCAGAGGUGGAGGCUGUGAGGAUCAUUGUUCCCCGAGCUGCUAUCACUCGGAGCAGCCGCUCAGGACCUGUUGAAGGGAAAGGAGAGGCAGGGCAGCAGGCUGAGGAGCAGGGCUCUCAUCUGCGGCCUCUGAUGGAGGACUGGAGAGGAGAGCUGGAGAAGCUGCAGAACUCUGAGCGCAGACUGCUUCAGGACAAGGAAGGCCUUUCAAAUCAACUCCGAGUGCAGACGGAGGUGAACCGUGAGCUAAAGAAACUGCUGGUAGCAUCUGUGGGUGAUGACCUUCAGUACCAUGUGGAGCGCCUGGCACGGGAGAAAAACCAGCUUAUUUUGGAGAACGAGGCUCUGGGCCGGAGUCUAGCACACACCGCAGAGCAGCUGGAGCGAAUGAGCAUCCAAUGUGACGUCUGGAGGAGCAAGUUCCUUGCCAGCAGAGUCAUGGCAGAGGAACUGACAAACUCCAGAGCAGCUCUGCAGAGACAGACCAGAGAUGCACAAGGAGCAAUUCAGGACCUGCUGCUAGAGAGAGACGAGUUCUCCAGGGACAUGAUGCUCACUCACAGAUCCCUGGAGCAGCUCCUGGUGUCUCUGCAGUGGGGCAGGAAGCAGACUUACUACCCCAGUGCGCAGCACCUGAGCACAGGAGAGCUGGCAGCAGCCAAUCACAAGCUGGCGGAUGCCAUCAACUCCCACUUGCUGGGAAACAGCAGCAGUACGGUGAAGCGCAACAGUGCAGCCGCUGAGCAGCUCUGCAGCACACCAGCUGAGAAAAUGGCUGAGAAGGUGCUGAAAACUUUAGAUCCAAUCUCUUGCUCUGAAAACAAGGCAGAACUUCCACUCGGUGACUCCAGCUCCUCGAGCUUUCUCGGUGGUAAGAAGAGCAUUGGCAGGUUUCACCCUUAUACCCGCUACGAGAACAUUACCUUCAACUGCUGCGAGCGCUGUACCGGGGACAUCGUGGUGCUGUAGAGGAAAGGCGGAGGCCCCUGCAGAGCAGAGCUCAUUUCGGAGGACUGUUGAUGCUCUGCAUUUACUAACUUCUUUUCCAGAAGCAAAGAUUUGCAAAGCAGUAUGCUAAAGGUUUCUCUGGCUGUUGGAUUUUGAGCAUUUCAGGGUUUUUUCUGUUUAUUUUUUUGAAUAAAACUGCUGUUUUUAUAUUUUAAAAAGCUAAAUAAGAAAUGUAGUUGUUUUGUAGGAAACACAAGAAAAAGGAUCUAUUGUAGACCAGUGACAGAUAUUCAUUUGUGGAUAAAAUGGUCAGUGUUACAUGUGGAAAGACUAAGUAUCUAUUUAUUCUAACUGAGAAACUGGGUUGGUGUGUGUCUUUGUUUUCUGUUUUUUCUUUAAUUUGCAAAUUCUUACAUUCAUUAUUCAAUGAACAAGUGACUGAGGAAACACCUUGCCAGGAAAUACCUUGCAGAAAGUAAAAAACGGAUACAAUUAUUGCAUUAUGACUACAUGAAAAUAAGUCAGGAUACUGUCGGAUAACCUUUUCUUCUGUAUGAUGUGGCUUUCAUAUUUUGAAAAGGUUAUAUCAUAUCUUCAAUUAGUCAAUUCUUUCUGGAAUGCUAUAAAGUUGUUUUCUAGCUUCAGUAUUUUGAAAGUGGACUGAUGGUACUAUUGUUAAUUAUUACUGUGCAGUGUUGUUGAUCGUCGAUUAUGAUUGAGUCUUCACGAUGUGAUUUCAGCUCCUUGGACUUUCUCACUAGUAACAACAGCAUUUACAGGUUCAACUUGCCUGGACUUUACCUUUUAAUGUAGUGUAAAGUUUGGGUGAGGUUUUUUUAAUGAUUUAUUAUUUAAAUAAAAAUACUUUUUUUUUUUUUUCUUUAUUUAAUAGUAUACUAUGAAAUGAUCAGUAUGUAUUGCAGCUGCAAUUUAUUUUCAGAAACAAAGUUGUGUGAUAUUUUGGAUUCUUCCAUUUUGAUGGAAAAGUUUUCAGUAAUGUGAUUUUAUCAUUUACAGUGAACAUGCACAUUGUUUUCCAUCUAAGACUGAAAUAA